AUGGUAACCAGAGGCAAAGGCAUCCUUCCUCCUUUAAAAGUUGGUGACAAUGUGCUGGUGUCAAUCCCGUCGGUAGAUCGAGGGCGAGGAGAUGCAGCCAACCUUCUUGCAGUUAUCAUCGAAGAAAAAGAUGGUAAAUUUCGUAUAAGGACUAAAGAAGGGAUUUUAAGCACAUGGCUGGAACGGAACAGUCUGGCAGCUACAAAGUACUGUUCUCUAACGACUGCAGACGUUCAACAAAAUGAAUAUUCAUUACGGGAACUUGUUAGAUUGGGGUCAAUUGGGACCGGACAAGGCUAUCGACGUUGUACUUGUCGUACAAAUUGCACAUGUAAAAAAAAUAAUAUGAUGUGUAAUUUGGCGUGCCACCCAGGCUAUACUUGUCAAAAUGUUUAA